CCCCCGCUCCUGUGGAAGGUCAACAACAUUAUUAUCAGAGUGUCACAGCCACUGAGUUGCGAAGCUAAGAGAAAUAGAGCUUUAAAGCAUCUAUUCAUUUCCUCGCUGAUAGGCGUGUAGAGGAUUGGCCUUCUCUGCCACUUCUGCGAAACACCAGGCUGCUGCCACUGCGUCUUCUAGAUGUUCCGUGUCCCUAGUCGAGGGGGCAGCAGAGACCCCCUACUCCCUCAUAGUGGGAAUGGGCGGAGCGGAGGGGGGGGCUUGUACGGCAGGGCCAGGUCAAGCCCGAAGGCAGCUUUGUCCAAGUCUUUUAUUGCAACGAUGGUGUGGGCAUUGUUGAGCAUGUCGAUGAUCUUUGGAGGAUGGGUGUAUUGCUCCAGAAAGAUGGAGUCAACGUGGGUGCUUUGUGAGCCCGGAGGUUGCAAGAUUGAGGACCUAAGGGCGGGGGAGACAACGGUGCUCAUGAUCCCGAGGCACAAGAUGGUGAGAGGAGAGCUGGUCCGAGUGAAGAAUGGAGAGGUAGUGGACCCUGUCAAGCUCAGGAGAUCGGCGCAGAGAAAACUCGGCCAUUCCUACAACGUGGUCUACCUCGAGCCAGACUCGGAAGACGAUGAUGACGAAUCGUACGACAGUUUCGAGGACGACGACGAUAGCUACGACAGCUACGAUGGUGACGACGACUCCUCAGAAGAAGACGAUGACGAGGACGACUACGACAUGGCCGUGAUGGCACAAAGAGCGAAAGAGCGACUGGAGAACGCGAUACCGCCCGCGGGAGGACCCUCGGGCGCCAAGGCCGCUAUGGCAAGUUUCCCUAAUCGCUAUGCGGCGGAGGCCAGGAGAGAAGCUGAACUCGUACGGAAGGACGCGCAGAGGGCUAAGUGGGCGAAGGACAGAGAGGAACGAGGAUUGCCCCCGAUCAAAGAGCCGGAUGAACAGCAGCGGCAAAAGGCGACGGCAGCAAGGGGAGGCGAUUUCGACGACGAGGAGCGGUUUCCCGGUGACGCCGCCACCAUGCGCGAGAAAAAUCGCCGGGAGAUUCGGAACAUGGAGGAAGCCCGAGGCAUGACCGCGGAGGAGCAUCGCGAACUCAGCCAGCAGGCCUUCGAAGAGGCAGCCAAGGCACACAAGGAAAUGCAACGCCGGGACCAACAGAUGCGACAGAUGGGCAACAAUCUGCACUACCGCGCCAAGCCUCAACCUGACACCGACAACAACAACAAGAAGCUGUCCCCAGAUGAUCCCGACAACAACCCACCUGCGGCAGGGCGUCCUCCGCUGGAGCGUGGACAGGCACAGAAGGACCUUGACGUAAACGAGGGGAGAGCGGGAGGAGGUGGCGCAGCAGCGAGCGAGGAUGAGCUGAGAAAAGGCGGAGGAAGGAGCAUAUCCUCAGUGGGAGGGCUGGAAGAGUUCGACAACCGGGAAAGGCGGCGGCUCUCUCCUUCCCCUCCAGACCAAGAAAAGGGGGAAGAGGAAGAGGAAGAGGAAGAGGACGACCAAGGUCUGGAUGAAGGCGGUCGCCUCGAUGGCUUCGGCGAUGUGGUGCAGCAUGUGGGGGCGGCAGGGUCAAGGAGGAAGCUGCUCAGCCGGAAGAAUCCAGUGAAGCAAGUGGUCCCCAAGCCGUCCAAGCCGACGAAGGAGGAGCUAGCCGAAGAUGCCUCCAAGAGUCGCGAGACGCACAGACAGGGGCACGGCCACCACCAAAAGAGGGCCAGGAAGGUUGCACAGCCGACGGGGCCGGAGGAGAGAGCGGAUGGGUCUCUCGAUGGAGAACCGAGGCCGAAGACGAAACACCAUCACAAGGCCUUUCACCACAAGGAAGACGUCCCUCAGGCGGAUCGACACCACGUGCACCCCGGGUUCCACCACAGGCCGGGAGACAAGAAGAUUGAGCACGGCUGGAGACACCAGCACCGGCAGUGGCAUCAUCGCGAAGAGCUGAAGAAGCUGGGGACCCCCUUCAGCCUGGGACGCACCGUCGCCAGGAAGCGCAAGGAGGCCAUCGACAACUACGUCAGCAGGCGGGUUUCCACUCUGGACUUUACCGACUCGAAGAAGUGGAGAGCAGGGGGACUUUGGCUAAUCAUCGUGGGUUGCAUGUCUAUCGCCUUCUGUAUCGUUAUCGGAAACUUCCAGCCCAGGCCACUCAAAAAAAUGUCGUGAUCUACAAGAUCUACGAGGUCCACGGUACUGCUGCAUGGCAUACGUUAUGCACGACUCGGCUCCCACGUUGGUAUCUCUGAGAACCAGCAGAACGACAGGGAGCGGGGGGCGCAGCCAAAAGGGAUUCGAGAAGGAGAAAAAGAAAGAAAAUCACAGGCACGGAGACACAAGAGGCCUGGCUGGCCGUCAGGACAAAUCACAUCCUGCCUUUUCUUCCGUCACUCAGUCCUGCUUUGUUUCCUUUCCAGCGUCGCCCCCCUAGAAGUGGUAAAAUAGUGUUUGUUGUGUGGUUAUUUGUGAGGGUCUUACGCCCCUCCACUGCCGUGCCGUGCCGUGCUGUCACGCUGUAGCCCGCGAAACCCAAAUCACCUUCGACUGUGGGAUAGUAUCCCUUGAAUGCGUACAAACGUUUAGUCUCUCUUCGAUUGUAUGUGUAUUUGCUAAAGCUGGGGCUUGUGGAACACAGCGGGAAUUCGAAAGAUAAACCCCUCGACGUUAUUGACAAGUAACUGUAAGCCAGCACCGCACCGGGAGGAUUGGAACUGUAUUGGCGUGGUGUGUAGGGGAUCGGGAGUAGACUCUUGAGUGGUGGGGCGUGGCCGAGGCUGGAGGCGUUGCAACGGUUUCAUGUUUGAUGACAUGCUCUUCCUCCACGAUCGCUGUGACUGGCCGACCUCUCACUCUUCGUCACCACCGUCUUCUGCCUUCCUUACCGUGAGAGUGGUGCUUCAAGAGGCACGCGUUUUGAUCGGGUGCCGAGCAAUCUCGUUAUCGUAGGUUGCAUGUACGUAAGGUACCACACUCCCUGCAACGAUGGUUCAAGGUCGACUACUUUUCAAUAAUAGCAGUGUGAUCGCGCCCAAGAAUUCGGCGUUGGAGCCGCCUCGUCGCGAACUUUUCGAAGACGCCUCACAUGAUUUGUACAUCUGGUCGUGGACGAAUCGAUCUAGGAGGUGUAGCCGGCACAGACCUGCACGGAACCCACGUGCCGUGCAGGUGUUGAGGUGGGAGGUCAGGGACGAGGAUAUGCAUCUCAGCAAGGUAGGUGUAGCAGAUUCAUCGAGUAAAAGAUAGUGGCGGUUACAGAAGGUCUUCAGUCCACCAAGUAUCGUAGGUGUAGGGAUUAUUUAUUAUGCGUGGGAAAGACGGGUAAAGAAAGGUCGUUCAGGGAAGGAGGAGGAUUUCUUGUGGAAUGCUGGCGGUGGAAACGUCGGCGACUACAUGUGGGUCACUUCCCUUUUCUGUUUUGGGCAUGUAUGCGCCCAGCUGUUGUACGUUUGGGCUAUCUUUCGGUUGGUCUUUGUGCAGCAUUUGUGUGUGAGAACUCGCGUCAUGCGUUCGUGCGCAUGUUACUGUUGUUUUCUCUGGUAUUGACAGUUUAUUUUUUAUGCAUGCUACAUCAUGUGUGACUGUUCUCUCUGUUAUUCGUCUUCGAAGUGUCUGUGCUUCACGAGUGUCGGUUCUCAAUUCUUCAGUAAUUCAACCAGCUGUGCGAU